AUGGACUCCUCAAACCCCCUUUCUGAUCGCGAGAAGGCGUUCGAGAACAAGUACAUCCACGACAAGGACCAGCCGCUGACAAAAACGUCAUACAGGAGACAAAUGGCCAAGGAUAGAGCGAACAAGCAGACACAAACAGAGUCCUCCCCCUCCACCAAGGACUCCAGUUCCACACCCAUCGAGCCAGAGGAGGGAGGUGGAGGUACAUACAAGGAAGAGAUUACCAAGCUAGCCGCCAUGCCUUCCUGA